AUGAGCGCGACGAUGGAGAUGAAGGAGAUGAAGAAGGAUGGUGUAGUUCAAGAUCAGCCAGUUGCUCCUCCCGCAGAAGCAAGCCAGAUUAGACCGGCAGAGGAGGAACCACCGCUUCCUUACACUCGAAGGGAAACCUGGUUUAUCGUCCUCAUUAUCGCAAUAGCCGGCCUCUUUAGUCCGCUACCAGCCAACAUCUACUUCCCCGCCAUACCUACGCUCACGGGCGUCUUCCACAAGUCGACUUCGGACCUCAACUUGACCGUCACAGUCUAUUUGAUCCUCCAAGGCAUCUCGCCCAUGGUCUGGGGUCCCGUGUCUGAUUUUUACGGUCGUCGGCCGACGUAUCUCAUCUGCUUCAUUAUCCUGGUCAUGUCCUGUCUCGGCCUUGCUCUCGUGCCAACGAAUGCGUUCUGGCUUCUCCUGCUGCUUCGAUGCUUGCAAUCGGCGGGAUGCUCUAGUACGACUGCUUUAGGAUCUGGUGUCAUAGGCGAUAUAUCCCAUAGAAAGGAUCGCGGCGGGUACUACAGCGCCUUCAAUCUCGGCCCUCAGGUAGCUCCCGUAAUAGGGCCCAUUCUGGGUGGUGCGCUAGCGGGAGGCCUCGGCUGGAGAUCCAUAUUCUGGUUUCUCUUCAUCUUGUCCUCCUCGUCUUGGUCAUUCCUUCUAUGCUUCCUCCCCGAGACGCGCCGCAUCGACGUCGCUAGCCGUAACGCCUUCACAAAGCUUAUCUACACCCCCAUUAUUCCCGUCGUCAAGCGCUCACAAGCCGUCAUUGACUCAGCCCGGCUCCCCACCACUACCUCUACCACAUCCACCCCCAAACGCACCCGCAUCCGCAACCCCCUCCCGCUCUUCCUCAACCCCGCCGUCUCGCUCGCUCUCGCCUUCACCGCCGUCAUCUAUUCCGUAUGGUACUGCGUCACCGCGACCAUAUCCAGCGCCUUCGCCGCGAAGUACCCCUUCCUCACCGAGGCGGACGUGGGGCUGUGCUACCUGCCUAUUGGCGUCGGCAUGUUUCUGUCGAGCGCGGUGCAUGGGAGGAUACUGGACGCGGAGUACCGACGGAUGCGACAAAGGUGGCUCGUGGGGAGGGGGCCCGACGAGGGGGAGAAGGGGCCAGUGGGCUUUCCGAUUGAGCGCGCGCGCCUGAGGUUGAUCCCGCUGCAUAUUCUUGUGUUCGCGGGGUGCGUGAUUGGAUGGGGGUGGUCGUUGGAGGCAGGGGUGCAUCUCGCGGCGCCGCUCUGCUUGUCGUUGCCGAUCGGCUACACCUUCAACGUCGUUCUCAAUACCACGAUGACGCUCAUGAUCGAUAUCGAGCACUCGCAGAGCUCGAGUGUGACUGCCUGCACGAACCUUGCGCGCUGCAGCCUCGCUGCUGUCCUAACCGCCGUCAUCGACCACAUCACGAGCGCUAUCGGCUACGGAUGGACGUAUGUUCUGUUCGGCGGCCUUUCCCUGCUCAUGAUCCCCCUCAUCUAUCUCGAGAUACUCAUGGGCCCGCGAUGGCGAGCGCGGCGUGAAGCGAAGAAGGCACAAGCGUAG